CAUUACUAAAACACAAGGUAUAAAUACCUAACGGGCAAGAAAGACUUGUAGUUUAUUAUCAGCGGCUGAGCGCUUGUUCUAAUAUACUACACUUUAUUUAUUAUCUCUAAAUCAACUCGAAAAAUUGAAGGAAGGUAAGAACAAUGGGCAUCAUUGAUUUCAACUUUCAAUAAUUCAUUUGAAGAAUGCAUAUGAAAGCGUUUCUUGAUGUGUUUUAUUAAUUGAAAAAACCUGAUGACCAUCUUGGGAAACAGUUAUAAUCAAGGAGACUUGAAAAAAGAAAUGGCUUCGUCACAUCACUCAAUUUCUCCUGCUUGUGAAAUUGGCGAAGAAAACAGAGAUGAAUCUGUACGACAAGUGAAGAAAAGUUUAAGACCUCUAUUUGCUGCGAUGAAAGCUUUUGGUCUAUACUUUGGAGACGCAUAUUGUGAUGUCGAUCUAAAGGAGAACGCGGUUGCACCGUUAAAUGAGACCUGCGCAAGUAAACGCGUAAGCUGGAAGGAGAAGUUUGGGAAGACCUACUGUGGGCUUGUGUGCCUUCUGCUCUAUGUUGGCUUCGCGUGUUCGUUUAGCUUCACAGUACGCAGCGGUGACUAUUUUACAAUCGCUAGGCGCCUCACUAUAGAUAUUUGGGUUUUAUGGAGUGCUCUGCAGGGCACUGUUACGGUCUUAUCACUUUCAAGACGAGAACACGGUUCGAAAUUCUCGAAGUUCAUGAAGGCUCUUGCGAUCGCCGAUUCAAACGGUGUCCCGCAUUCUUGUAGAUUACCAACUAUCCUCACAGCCAUAUUUAUUGGAACAAUCUGCUUCAACUUUACAGUUUCGAUCCUUCUGAUGAAUUUUCCAUUAAAAGAAGUGAGGAAUUCGAUGCUGGUGGCUCAGUUUGGCAAAGACAACAUGACGGUAACCGGUCCUGAUGGAUGGAUCGUUGUACUCUCCCAAGUGACUUUGCCUUUUACAAGUGCAGCCUGGGGUCUCCCGAGCUGCUUCUACAUUGUCAGCUGCAUAGUUAUUGCCGAGAGAUUCUCUUUUUUAACGAAAAAGACCCAGAUGACCUUCAACUCUGAUGACAACUUCGUCAACAUCACUCUCCUUCGUCGAGAUCACUUACGGCUUUGCCAUGCCCUGGAAAAACUUGAUGAGAUCCUCUCUCCUCUCGCCCUGGUAUCAUAUGGAUGCAGCAUUCCAGAGAUCUGUAUUACCCUUGAUGUUGUCAUUCGAAUGUCAAGGGAAGGGUCUGACUAUUUUAUUAUUAUGGUGAUGGUGUUUUGGAAUUUGGUCAACAUUUCCAAUACUGUAGUGACGUCACUAAUAGGAGCUCAUGUCAAUGUCAAGGCCCACAGUCUGACAAGCAUCGUGUACGAAGUGGACGGGAACAAACUGAAAGAUGGCGAAAAGAACGAGCUGUUGUUGCUGCUGAACAAGCUCAACACAGAAGUGAUCAGCCCAACAAUUGGUGGAAUCAUCCCAGUAACACGUGGAAUGUUACUGACUGUUUUUGGGACCAUCAUUGGGUAUCUGACUAUCCUUGUUCAGUUCAAAUGAACCUGUCCGGGCAUAUAUUGAUUGGAAGACUGUAACUAAGGGACGCAAGGUAGAGAGAUAAACAGGUUUAUAAGGAAAAUACGAAGCAAGGAAAGGGAAGAGAGGGAAAAACAUCGUACCCUAAUUAUAUUACAUUAUAUUAAAAACUUAUACGGUAGUUUAAUUAAUCGAUUUGCCAGAGCAUGGAAGGUACAAACUAUAAUUCUGUUUACAGAGUUCCCAAGGACUCAAGUUCACUUUUUACUUCGAUUAUCAAUCAUCUGUAAAUUCUCGUCAUAUAUAUCCAACCGCUACGCUGGCUCCCGGCAUUAAAACUAACGGAGUUUCAUUUUUUUUUGCUGUUUGAUUAUUCAGUGCUUUGCACAAAAGAGGUGUGAAUUGUCAUUUCAGUGCUGACCCAGGAAAACGCUUCAAGAAUUUUGAAUGAUCGAAGCCAGAAAGCGCUUUAAGGUACGGUAAUACGAGCAGCAAAAUCGUACAACUUUUGUGGCAGCAAUGUUGCAAAACUCAAGUGUAUUAAGGCUUGAAACAUAAGCUAAAACAGUUGAAAUUUUGAAAGUUGCCUAAUGUUAGCUGUUUGGUAAUAUUUCAUUUUGAGUGAUGACGUCAUCCAGCCGAUCACGUGACUUUUGCAAAUCAAUAUUUAAAAAAAUUCUCCGCUGGUGGAUACGCUAUGAGAAAGAAAACAUCGCAUGUUUUAUGUUCCUUUGAAGCACGUCUGUACACUGAUGUCUUAACCGACAAGAAAAGUUUAGCCCUUCGGUCACAAAUCAACAUUUUAAUUCGCAGCAGGUCACGUGACUUAAAAAUAUUUAAUAUCUUGUUAACGGCAGAGAAAAUUCCGGAUGCUAAAACGCUAUUAUAUGACACACAUAAAGUCAACACUUUUUUAGUAAACACCCUUGUCCAAGCUGUUUUCCCGACCGGCGGAAAGGCAAAAAAAAACAAUUUUGUCACGUGAUCUAUGAUGUGACGUCAUCACCAAAUGAAAACAUUACGAAAAUGUUAAGGCCGUCGACUUUAAUCAUCUUGCCAAAAAGAAUGAAUUUAAGGCGACGUUAACAAAGGUUAAAUCAAAAAGUUAUAUUCGAUGCUAAGAGCAAACUACCCAGGCCUUAAUAUACUUGAGAAAAAAAGUUUGCAAGUGACGCUGUUCGUGUUACUACCGGCGCGCCAACUUUUGUCGCAGCAUUUUUUUUGUUGCGAGUUGAAAAAGUUUGCUACAGAAAGUAAAAGAUGGUUCUACUUUUUGCAACAAAACUCGAAGAUGUAGCCCGCAUUACUAUAUCAACCAAACUUGUCUCGCAGCAAAGUGACGUCAGGCAUACGCAAGCAAUUGCAUUAGCGUUUGUGAUUGGUUUAACGAAAGUCGCACAUUAGUGUCACGGAGAAAAAAUAUGGUGGAUCAACAGCAAGAACAAGUCUAUCUUCUGCUGCGACAAAAGUUGGUUUGCCGGUAGGAAAACGCGCAACAUCGCCUUUGAACUUUUUUUUUGUAAAUGCUGCCACAAAAGUUGUACGGUUUUGCUGCUCGUAUUACCUUUAGUAAGUUAUGAGUCGUCCGCGAGAGUUCACAUAAUAUUGACAACUGCAGUAAACAAAGCUGGCGAAUUACAAUUAAACACAUUUUCUUUAAACAACAUAUGCCUAUGGAAUGUAUAAUAUAUUGUAGCUGUGUUUUUUUUUACAAGGUACAUAUAUGUAUAUAAAUCUAGUAUCUUCUUUAAAAUAGUCCUCUACCUUGACCCGUCGGUGAAGAAAAGUAGCUGACAAAUAUCCAGGCGCUCUACCUUGAUUUGUCGGUGAAGAAAAGUAGAUGACUAAUAUCCAGGCGCACUUAAACAAUCUGAAUGCUUUUAUGGUACAUAUUAUUUGGUUGGAUUUUUACAAGAGAAGCAGCAUUUGAUAUUUGAAGAGGUACCUUUUUCUUAAUAUCUAGAAGAAGAUUAAUAUAGCGUUAUGCUUGAACUCUUUUAUGUUUCUGUACAUAAGAUCAGUCAAUUAGUUUUUAAAUGUCCGCUGCCAUAAAAAUACCCCCACCACAAGGGGGGCACUUCUUAUUGGCACUAUUAACGUAAAAUAUAACAACAAAACCUAGAAACUCCAUCGCCGGCAAGAGAGUCUCGAGUGCUCACGAUUGACAUAAUGCAGUACGUAUGUGUAUUAUACCAAACAAAUAAAAAACGUUUUUAUCGUC